UACAUAUACUCUUGAUAAUUCGUAGUAAACGUCAGUGUCAUUGGCUAGAUGAGCGAGUAGCUUGUGUUCUCAUUUCAACGGUUUUUAUCCAUUCUUUAAAUCAACAUUGGCAAAGACUGGUUGUCGAGUGGUCAUGCAUAUGCUUGCAAGACUGAUUUUAUUAACGGGAUGCAGAACUGUAAGCUCUGUCAGGCAUAGCCACUGGAUCACCUCAGGGGUUUUGCUGAUGACUUCAGUCCCGCUGAGAGCUGAGCCUAAGAAAAAGAAGAAGGUUGACCCGCGCCGUGAGCUUAUGGUAAAAGAGCGUCUGAAAAAGAAGGUGAAGAAGCUUGAAAAAAUCCCACCCGAGCUUAUUCCUAUAGAAGACUUUAUACCUCCAGUCAAGUACUUUGAUGAGACCAGAGUCCGCAGUCAUCUCAAGUUGACUUUUGAAGAGAUUGAGCGAAGGGCACUGCUGCUUAAGGAAUGGUCCAGAUACAAAAACUCCCAGCACCAGGCUGACAUGACUGCUAUAGAAGUGGCUCUACAGGCUCAGACACAAGCAUUAAAAGAGCUUAAGCUGGAAUCAGAAGAGCUUUACAAAACAGCACUUGGCCCUGACUGUAGUCUUUUCCCUUUCCAGCACCAUGGUCCCUGCUAUACACCACCUCUUCAAAACCAAGAGGCCCCUUAUGGCAAAUAUAACAACAUUACACGAGUGUACACUCAAUGAUAUAACUUAAUUGACUUCUGUAGUAAUAAUGAAAUAAAAUAUGAAUAUAUAAA